UGCACUUUUUUUCUCCCCCAGGAGAGGGUUUGUUCUUCAUUGCUUGGCAUCAUUGCGCGCCUGACGCUUCUAAGUGGCCCCUUUUAAAAAAGACCUUCCCUAGCCGGAAUCCUUCUGUGGUCAAGCGCUAGUUUGACGUUUGGGGCUGCAGGCUUGGUAACUGCCUCCUUGUAAUACCACUUAAGACCCCUUGCCACGGUUCAUUAAGGCCGGUGAAUGUGACAGUUACUUGCAAUUUAAACUGGGGGAUAAAGUGGUUUGAGGGAUUGUUUCGUUUUUUUUGAAGUAUUGUUUUGGUUUCGAGUUGGAAGGCAGCUGUCAAAGCCGCGUGGAAAUUCAUUAGGCUCCAUUUGAUACCUUGUGUUUACAGAUCCUUAUCCGAGAAACACGGCGGAGGGGCGGGGAGAUGAGCAGUUUACCCUCAAGAUGUGUAGGGGCAGGUCCCCAGCCCCGUCUCCACCUUCAUCACACUGCACUUCCCCUGGUGAUAUUCUCUGAUGGACUCCAAGGAAUCAUUAAGCCCCCCCAGUAAAGAAGAAAUCUCUAGCAGUGUGCUUGGUCGGGAGAGGGGAAAUGUGAUGGACUUCUAUAAAACCCUAAGGGGAGGAGCUUCUGUGAAGGUUUCUGCAUCUUCACCGUCACUGGCUGCUGUUGCUCAGUCAGACUCCAAGCAGCAAAGACUUUUGGUGGAUUUUCCAAAAGGCUCAGGAAGCAAUGCGCAGCAGCCGGAUCUGUCCAAGGCAGUUUCGCUCUCAAUGGGACUGUAUAUGGGAGAGACAGAAACAAAAGUAAUGGGAAAUGAGCUGGGAUUCCCACAGCAGGGCCAAAUCAGCCUUUCCUCUGGGGAAACAGACUUUCAGCUUCUGGAAGAAAGCAUCGCAAACCUCAAUAGGUCGACCAGUGUUCCCAAGAACCCCAAGAGCUCAGCAACCGUUGCUGUUGCUGCUGCCCCCACAGAGAAGGAGUUUCCAAAAACACUCUCUGAUGUCUCUUCAGAACAGCAAAAUUUGAAGGGCCAGACUGGCACCAACGGGGGCAAUGUGAAGUUGUAUACCACAGACCAAAGCACCUUUGACAUUUGGAGGAAAAAACUCCAGGAUUUGGAAUUUUCUUCUGGGUCCCCAGAUAAAGAGACAAGUGAGAGUCCUUGGAGAUCAGACCUCUUGAUAGAUGAAAACUGUUUGCUUUCUCCUUUGGCAGGAGAGGAUGAUCCAUUCCUUUUGGAAGGAAACUCGAAUGAGGACUGUAAGCCUCUUGUUUUACCGGACACUAAACCUAAAAUUAAGGAUAAUGGAGAUCUGAUCGUAUCAAGCCCCAACAGUGUGUCACUGCCCCAAGUGAAAACAGAAAAAGAAGAUUUCAUUGAACUCUGCACCCCUGGGGUAAUUAAGCAGGAGAAACUGGGCCCAGUUUAUUGUCAGGCAAGCUUUUCUGGGGCAAAUAUAAUUGGUAAUAAAAUGUCUGCCAUUUCUGUUCAUGGCGUGAGUACCUCUGGGGGCCAGAUGUACCACUAUGACAUGAAUACAGCAUCCCUUUCGCAACAACAGGAUCAGAAGCCUGUUUUCAAUGUCAUUCCACCAAUUCCUGUUGGUUCAGAAAAUUGGAAUAGGUGUCAAGCAUCUGGAGAUGACAACUUGGCUUCCUUGGGGACUUUGAACUUCCCUGGCCGAUCGGUGUUUUCUAAUGGCUAUUCAAGCCCUGGAAUGAGACCAGAUGUAAGCUCUCCUCCAUCCAGCUCUGCAGCGGCAACGGGACCACCUCCCAAACUCUGCCUUGUGUGCUCUGAUGAAGCUUCGGGGUGUCACUACGGGGUCUUGACUUGUGGAAGCUGUAAAGUAUUCUUCAAAAGAGCAGUGGAAGGUAGACAGCACAAUUAUCUUUGUGCUGGAAGAAAUGAUUGUAUCAUUGAUAAGAUUCGAAGAAAAAACUGUCCAGCAUGCCGCUAUCGAAAAUGUCUCCAGGCUGGAAUGAACCUGGAAGCUCGAAAAACAAAGAAAAAGAUAAAAGGAAUUCAGCAGGCCACCCCAGGAGUGUCCCAAGAAACUUCUGAAAACCCUGCUAACAAAACGGUAGUUCCUGCAACAUUACCACAGCUCACCCCUACCCUGGUGUCCCUGCUGGAGGUCAUCGAACCUGAGGUGUUAUACGCAGGGUAUGAUAGCUCGAUGCCAGAUUCGACUUGGCGGAUCAUGACCACACUCAACAUGUUAGGCGGGAGGCAAGUGAUUGCAGCAGUGAAAUGGGCCAAGGCGAUACCAGGAUUCAGGAACUUACACCUGGAUGACCAAAUGACCCUACUGCAAUAUUCAUGGAUGUUCCUCAUGGCAUUUGCCCUGGGGUGGAGAUCAUAUAGACAAUCAAGUGCGAACAUGCUGUGUUUUGCUCCUGAUCUGGUUAUUAAUGAGCAUAGAAUGACUCUACCCUGCAUGUAUGAACAAUGUAAACAUAUGCUGUUUGUUUCCUCUGAGUUACACAGGCUUCAGGUAUCUUAUGAAGAGUAUCUCUGUAUGAAAACCUUACUGCUUCUCUCUUCAGUUCCUAAGGAAGGUUUGAAGAGCCAAGAGCUAUUUGAUGAAAUUAGAAUGACCUACAUCAAAGAGCUAGGAAAAGCCAUUGUCAAGAGGGAAGGAAACUCCAGUCAGAACUGGCAGCGGUUUUAUCAACUGACAAAACUCUUGGACUCCAUGCAUGAUGUGGUUGAAAAUCUCCUUAACUUUUGCUUCCAAACAUUUUUGAAUAAGACCAUGAGUAUUGAAUUCCCAGAGAUGUUAGCUGAAAUCAUCACCAAUCAGAUACCAAAAUUUUCAAGUGGAAAUAUCAAAAAACUUCUGUUUCAUCAAAAGUGACUGCCUUAAUAAGAAAGGUUGCCUUAAAGAAAGUUGAAUUUAUAGCUUUUGUUGUACAAACCAUCAAUUUGUCCUGUAGCAGUUUUGCUGUUUUAUUUUUUCUCUUUUGUUUUCGUCUGGUCCUUGGUUUUGUUCUGUUUUGUUUUAAAUACGCACUACAUGUGGUUUAUAGAGGGGCCAAGACUUGGCAACAGAGGCCCUUGGCCAUCACUGUUCAGUGGUGGGCCAAGUAGAGAGUGAUGGUUGGUGGGUCCCGGGAAUCAGCAGCGGUCGCAGUGGGGGAGCCCCCACCUGCCAGAGAAGACGGCGCCUAAACCGCCAGUGCCCGAAGUCUGCGUGACAAACUUUCUGCUCAUACUUUUCACAGUUGGCUGGACAAAAUUUCCUAGACUUUUUGUUGGUGUAUUUUCCCCUGUAUAGUUAGGAUAGCAUUUUUUGAUUUAUGCAUGGAAACCUGAAAAAAAGUUUACAAGUGUCUAUCAGAAAAGGGAAGCUGUGCCUUUUAUAGCUAUUACUGUCUGGUUUUAACAAUUUCCUUUCUAUCCAGUGAACUACGCUUGCUCAUUUUUUCUUACGUAAUUUUUGUAUUCAAGUUAUUGUACAGCUGUUUAAGAUGGGCAGCUAGUUCAUAGCUUUCCAAAAUAAACUCUAAACAUUAAUCAUCUGUGUGAAAAUGGGUUGGUGCUUCUAACCUGAUGGCACUUAGCUAUCAGAAGACCACAAAAAUUGACUCCUAUCUCCAGUAUUGUCGUCAAAAAAAAGCUCAUAUUUUGUAUAUAUCUGCUUCAGUGGAGAAUUAUAUGUAGGUUGUGCAAAUUAACCGUCCUAACUGGCGUAGAGCACCUAGUCCAGUGACCUCCAUAAACCGUGGAUGAUGGUUGCAAAAGACAAAUUAAAAACAAACAAACACGAAAACUACCAAGAGGCCCUGUUUGUACUUGAUGGCCUGUGUCUGCAAUGGUUAGAUGGCAAGAAAGUCGGUAAACUGUCUUUCAGGACCUUUCGUUGUGGUUUGUAUACCUUCUUAAAAGUGAUGAUUCCAAAUAACCAGCUGAGACACAACUGAGAGAUUGGAAUCAGACCAAGUAUUUCCUGUCACUAAACUUCACCCCCAAAAUAAAUCUCCAACGUGGAAAAAGUAGCCAGACACCCAUUUUCACAUUCCCGUCCGUCACCAAUUGGUCUACCUUUCCUGGCGGUACAGGAAAGUUCAGCUAAUGACUUUUGUGAUUUAGAACUGUCUGUCAGACUUCCAUGUUCUUGCAACUCCACAUGCCUCACAUCCCUCCGUGUGCCAUAGAGUUUAACACAAGUCUUGUGAACUUCUCCUCCUCGCUGUUGAGAAAGAUCAUUUUAAACAAAGUAGGAGCUGUAGUAGCCCUUUCUGUGUGCACCUUACCAACUUUCUGUAAACUCAACUUCUAUUUACUAAGCCACAAGAAAGCUGAUUUCUAUUCAAAGUGGCCAAAUUAUUUGUGUAAUAGAAAACUGAAAAUCUAAUAUUAAACAUACGAAACUUCUAAUAUAUUUUUAUAUUUAGUUAUAGUUUCAGAUAUAUAUCAUAUUGGUAUUCACUAAUCUGGGAAGGGAAGGGCUACUGCAGCUUUACAUGCAAUUUAUUAAAAUGAUUGUAAAAUAGCUUGUAUAGUGUAAAAUAAGAACGAUUUUUAGAUGAGAUUGUUUUAUCACGACAUGCUAUAUAUUUUUUGUAGGGGUCAAAGAAAUGUCGACGGAUAACCUAUAUGAUUUCUAGUGUGGGUGAGCAUUCAUACAGGCAGCAGUGGUCUCAGAAACCAAACAGGUUUGCUCUAGGGGAAGAGGGGGAUGGAAACCGGCCCUGUGUGCGGGAGAGGCGGCUGAGGCUCCGUCCCAUUCGGAUCCUCUGCCUCCUGCAACCACCGCCCUUCUCAUUCCAGCAGGGAGCCUGUCGGUCAGUGCCGGUUCGGUUUGCCGAGUCUCCCCUGGCCCCUGGCGGGCAGGUGUGCGAGCGAGCAAAUGGGACAGAAAGGUGGUGCCCGCGCUAGUCCGAGCACCACGUGAUCGCACGGUUCCUUUCCCAGACAGCCUCUCCAGCGGUGUCAUCAACACAGAGGCCUCAGAAGUUUGGCAAUAAUAUGCGUAGAGGUACCAGCAAUAUGUAAAUAGUGCAGAAUCUCCUAGGUUGCCAAAUAAUACACUAAUUCCUUUCUAUCCUACAAGAGUUCAUUUCCAAACAGAAUGAGUACACGUCUGUGUUUUCUUUGAAUGCUUUUUUGAAUGUUACUUGUUAUUUUUCAGUAUUUGGAGAAAUUAUUUAAUAAACAAGUGUAAUCAUUUGCUUUUUGAA